AUGUGUGUGGACUGCAGAGCCAUCAACAAUAUCACUGUAAAGUAUCGACAUCCUAUCCCUAGACUUGAUGAUAUGCUUGAUGAAUUGCAUGGUUCUAGCAUUUUCUCUAAAAUUGAUUUAAAAAGUGGUUAUCAUCAGAUUAGGAUGAAAGAAGGAGAUGAAUGGAAAACUGCAUUUAAAACUAAACAUGGUCUUUAUGAAUGGCUUGUCAUGCCAUUUGGUCUCACUAAUGCACCUAGUACAUUCAUGCGCUUAAUGAACCAUAUCCUGAGAAACUUCAUUGGUCAUUUUGUUGUGGUUUACUUUGAUGACAUCUUGAUUUACAGCAAGAACCUUGAAGAGCAUCUAGAUCACCUUGCAUCUGUCCUGUCUGUGCUAAGAAAAGAAAAUUAUGGAGUCAAGGUGGAUGAAGAGAAAGUUGCAGCAAUCAGAGAAUGGCCAAGUCCUAAGACAGUGAGUGAAGUCAGAAGCUUCCACGGCCUAGCUGGGUUCUAUAGGCGGUUUGUCCGUGAUUUUAGUACCUUGGCCGCACCACCCUUAACUGAAGUCAUCAAGAAAGAAGUUGGAUUCAAGUGGGAGAAAGCACAGGAGGAUGCUUUCCAGACUCUCAAGGAUCGCUUGACUAAUGCCCCUGUUCUUAUUUUACCUGACUUGUUAAAAACUUUUGAGAUUGAAUGUGAUGCUUCAGGCAUAGGUAUUGGAGCUGUCUUGAUGCAGGACAAGAAGCCAAUUGCUUUCUUUAGUGAAAAGCUUGGAGGAGCCACUCUCAACUAUCCAACCUAUGACAAAGAGCUCUAUGCCUUGGUCCGCGCCUUACAAACUUGGCAACACUAUCUCUGGCCAAAGGAGUUUGUCAUCCACACAGACCAUGAGUCUCUCAAACAUCUCAAGGGCCAACAGAAGCUCAACAAGAGGCAUGCCAGGUGGGUUGAGUUCAUUGAGACAUUCCCAUAUGUCAUCAAGUACAAAAAAGGUAAGGACAAUGUUGUAGCCGACGCAUUGUCCAGGAGGUACACUCUUCUCUCAACUCUUGAUGCUAAACUCUUGGGCUUUGAAAAGAUAAAAGACUUGUAUGCUUCUGAUUCUGAUUUUGCUGAGAUCUAUAAGUCUUGUUCUAAGUUUGCUUUUGGCCGAUACUACCAACCGUCUGAGAACCGUCUCUGUGUGCCUAAUUGUUCUUUGAGGGAUUUGUUUGUCAGGGAAGCACAUGGAGGAGGCUUGAUGGGACACUUUGGUGUGGCCAAAACACUUCAAGUUAUGCGUGAUAACUUUCAUUGGCCGCACAUGAUCAGAGAUGUGGAGAGGAUUUGUUCUAGAUGUGCAACUUGUAAACAAUCCAAAUCUAAGGUUCAACCUCAUGGUUUGUACACUCCUCUCCCUAUUCCAUCUCAUCCCUGGACUGAUAUAUCUAUGGAUUUUCUGCUUGGAUUGCCUAGGACUAGAACUGGAAAAGAUUCUAUAUUUGUGAUAGUUGAUAGGUCUUUUGGAGCAUUCUGGAGCAUAUGGGACAAGGAGCAUGGAGGGACUUGGCACAUGGAAGCAGCUCAACUGGAUACGCAAAGGAAGAAGGGAGAAGCCAUCUUGAAGACCAGCUCGACCGUCUACUCGACCAACCGGUCGAGUUCCUCAACUCGACCGGCCAAGCUUCAACUCGAUCGAGCUGGAAGUCAAAGUCAAACCCGAAAAAUGUUGCUUCCCCCUUGA